AUAGAUCCAGGGGUGGACUGACAACUCAUGGGGCCCCCGGGGAUAGGGGAUCAUGGGGCCCCUGUGUCCUUGCCCAAACUCAAAAAAGCCUAUGAAAAAGGUACCAGGAGCAUCUCAUGGGACCCCCUACUGACCCGGGCCCUCAGGCAGUGCCCGAGUUUCCAAAUGGUCAGUCCGCCCCUGAAUAGAUCUUUAACUAGUUGCUACCAGUCUACAACAAGAGUGGACAACAAUUCAGAAAAUGCACUAAGCUUAACCCAGGAAAAAAAUUAAGUUAAGAUACUGGAACAGACAAAAUUAUUUAUUUUAUUUAUUAGUUAUUGAAGA